CUCACCACACUCACAGCCUCUACAAGAAAACCUCCUCACCACACUCACAGCCUCUACAAGAAAACCUCCUCGCCACACUCACAGCCUCUACAAGAAAACCUCCUCACCACACUCACAGCCUCUACAAGAAAACCUCCUUACCACACUCACAGCCUCUACAAGAAAACCUCCUCACCACACUCACAGCCUCUACAAGAUAACCUUCUCACCACACUCACAGCCUCUACAAGAUAACCUCUUCACCACACUCACAGCCUCUACAAGAUAACCUUCUCACCACACUCACAGCAUCUACAAGAUAACCUCUUCACCACACUCACAGCCUCUACAAGAUAGCCUCCUCACCACACUCGCAGCCUCUACAAGAUAACCUCCUCACCACACUUGCAGCCUCUAUAACAUAACCUCCUCACCACACUCACAGCCUCUACAAGAUAACCUCCUCACCACACUCACAGCCUCUACAAGAUAACCUCCUCACCACACUCACAGUCUCUACAAGAUAACCUCCUCACCACACUCACAGCCUCUACAAGAAAACCUCCUCACCACACUCACAGCCUCUACAAGAUAACCUUCUCACCACACUCACAGCCUCUACAAGAUAACCUCUUCACCACACUCACAGCCUCUACAAGAUAACCUUCUCACCACACUCACAGCCUCUACAAGAUAACCUCUUCACCACACUCACAGCCUCUACAAGAUAGCCUCCUCACCACACUCGCAGCCUCUACAAGAUAACCUCCUCAUCACACUUGCAGCCUCUAUAACAUAACCUCCUCACCACACUCACAGCCUCUACAAGAUAACCUCCUCACCACACUCACAGCCUCUACAAGAUAACCUCCUCACCACACUCACAGUCUCUACAAGAUAACCUCCUCACCACACUCACAGCCUCUACAAGAUAACCUCCUCACCACACUCACAGCCUCUACAAGAUAACCUCUUCACCACACUAACAGCCUCUACAAGAUAACCUCUUCACCACACUCACAGCCUCUACAAGAUAACCUCACCACACUCACAGCCUCUACAAGAUAACCUCUUCACCACACUAACAGCCUCUACAAGAUAAACUCUUCACCACACUCACAGCCUCUACAAGAUAACCUCCUCACCACACUCACAGCCUCUACAAGAUAACCUUCUCACCACACUCACAGCCUCUACAAGAUAACCUUCUCACCACACUCGCAGCCUCUACAAGAUAACCUCCUCACCACACUCACAGCCUCUACAAGAUAACCUCCUCACCACACUCACAGCCUCUACAAGAUAACCUCCUCACCACACUGACAACCUCUAUAACGUAACCUCCCCACCACACUCACAUCCUCUACAAGAUAACCUCCUCACCACACUCACUUCCUCUACAAGAUAACCUCCUCACCACACUCACAUCCUCUACAAGAUAACCUCCUCACCACACUGACAACCUCUAUAACGUAACCUCCCCACCACACUCACAUCCUCUACAAGAUAACCUCCUCACCACACUCACUUCCUCUACAAGAUAACCUCCUCACCACACUCACAGCCUCUACAAGAUAACCUCCUCACCACACUGACAACCUCUAUAACAUAACCUCCUCACCACACUCACAUCCUCUACAAGAUAACCUCCUCACCACACUCACAACCUCUAUAACAUAACCUCCUCACCACACUCACAGCCUCUACAAGAUAACCUCCUCACCACACUCACAUCCUCUACAAGAUAACCUCCUCACCACACUCACAACCUCUAUAACAUAACCUCCUCACCACACUCACAGCCUCUACAAGAUAACCUCCUCACCACACUCACAGCCUCUACAACAAUAUCGCCCAUACUAAACAACAUAGCACACUGACAGUUCAGUUCUAGGCUUCUCUAGUUGUUUUUAUUAUAAUUAAAGGGCAGGUGAGUUUGCAUUAAUCAGGCCCUACAUAAGCUCCAGGACCUUGUGCAAGACAAGUGAGGGAAAAACAAAAAAGUUGGCCUUUUAAAAAUGCAUUUAUAUUGCAAAGUAAAUGACUUUUGUAUUAGCGAUUGUUAAAGGGACAUGAAACCCACAUAUUUUUCAUUCAUGAUUCACACAGAGAAUAUAAUUUUAAAUAACUUUCCAUUUUACUUCUAGUAUCUAAUUUGAUUCAUUCUCUGUUCAUCCUUAGUGGAAGAAGAAGCAAUGCACUACUGACUGGAAGCUAGCUGAAAGCCAAUGACAAGAGGCAUAUGUAUAAAGGGACCAAUCAGCAGCUCCAGAGUCUACCUAGGGGUCUCCUCCUUCCUCACCUGCUGCUCACAUUGGGAUGUGUAGGUCCUGGAACUCCCCCCUGAGCACACACCGAUCACCUUAUGCGCGUUAUGGAAACUGAUAUCCAGCUCUCUGUUCUUCAGCACCAUUAACCAACACCAACCUGACUGCACUGACUUUCUGUAGACUCUGCAGUGCUGAACAUGCCCUGCUGGCUCCAACUCCUACUUCCUGCCUUGUGUUGGGUCCUGUUCAUGCAUCAGAUUUCUGCUCAAGCUGGUGAGUGCAGUGAGCACUGUGACUUGUAUCACGGACACUGUGACAAGGACGGGAUUUGCAGGUGUGACCCUGGCUGGGAGGGGCAGCAUUGUGAGCAGUGCGUUAGGAUGCCAGGCUGCGUCCAUGGCUCGUGCCAUCAGCCCUGGCAGUGCAUGUGUCAAAUUGGCUGGGCUGGCAAGUUCUGUGACAAAGACCUACACAUCUGUGAGCAGUCAGACCCCUGCAAGAAUGAAGGCCUGUGUAUGAGCGAAGCAGAGGGGGAAUACUCGUGUAUCUGCCCAGAAGGCUUCCAUGGGAAGAACUGUGAACUGAAGAGAGGCCCAUGUGAAAGGACAGGGUUUCCAUGUCUGAAUGGUGGCAGGUGUCAUGAUGACAGUGGCUAUGCAGAUACAUUUACAUGUCGAUGCCUGGCUGGGUAUGUUGGUCAGCUAUGCGAGACCAAUGUGGAUGACUGCCUGAUGCGGCCAUGCGCCAAUGGAGCCACCUGCCACGAUGGGGUGAACCGAUUCUCCUGCCAGUGUCCAUAUGGCUUCCAGGGACGCUUCUGCACUGUGAAUAUUGAUGAUUGUGCAAGUGAGCCAUGCCAGAAUGGAGGGCUGUGCUAUGACCGUGUAGGGGACUUUGAAUGUUACUGCCCAAAGGGUUUUACUGGGAAGUUCUGUGAAAUGCCUGAGGUGGAGCCCACAGGGAAAUACAUCCAGGAUACAUCACCCAGUCUCCAGAUCAUCACUCAACCUUACCCAAGGCUUGGUCAGACUCAGCCAUUAAGGACUGCAGGCCCCAACAGAUGGAGCCCAGAACCCAGUGAGAAGUCUGGUACUGGCCACUUAAAAAUUUCAGUAAAAGAGGUUUUAAAACAGGGGGAGUCAGGGCUGAGCAACAAGCAGUUUUGCAUUGUGGUGGUAUUUGGGACAUUGACUGGCAUCAUAAUCCUGUUGACUUUAACAGUUUGCGUGUGGUGUAAGAACAGAGGUGCCAGGCAUUCACAUUGGUGCAGUUACUCUUCAUCAUGCACAAAAAAACAUUAUCCAGAAGGUCACAGCUCUUUGCCAGAUCCCCGGAAAACCACUGAAUUGUGAGGUCCUUUUGGGAGCACAGCUUGUGGUACAGAGAAAUCUGACACACCAUGUGUUUGCCUUCUGCACCAGCCUUAUAUGUAAAUACUACCAGGGGCACUGCCCCAGCUAAGAUGAGCAUUCAGAACUUCCUGCAAUAACAGAACACGGCACUCAGGCAGCAGGUUAUCCUGUUCCCAGUAUAGAGGAUGAUCAGAGAAACUAGCAUCCGGGCACUGAUGAUGUUCACAAUAAUGCAGAGACAGCUCCAAUUAUCCUCAGAACAAACACGAUUAUAGCAACAGGCCAAUCGCUACUGUACUUAUCUGGAGAGCAUGUUAAUUGGUUGGGCACAGCCACACUGAUUUUCUUAUUUGAAAAAUAAAGACAAAAUGUGUCAAUAAA